AGAGAUGGCGCAGCCGCCGCAAUGGAAGAAGAUGUACCAGUAUGUGGCCAUACGGGCGCACGACGGUUGCGCCCGCGUCGAGGAAAGUGUCGCCGCCGCGCGUAGGGUGCUGGCGUCCCCGCUGGUGCUGGACACCCGCAACGCCGCGGGGCGGUACACCUUGUUGCAUUCCGCCAUGACCCAUGUCGAGCACGCAUCCGGCUGCCUCUCCGGUGUCAUAUUCACCAUGGUGGUGGCCGAGCUCCUGGCGCUCCAUGGCUGUGGUGCCGUCCCGUCGAGGCCGGUAGCCGGCAUCAGCGACCUCUGCCGCGACCGCGACGACCACGACGAGUGGCUCGCUCUGAGCAGGCUCGAGGCCGCCAGGGAGCACGCUCAGGACGCGCUCCGCGGGGUGGAGGGGGCCUUCACCCUCCUGGCAUCCGUCCGGUUCCUGCUUCACAGUCGGACCCCCGACGCUGCCGGGCGCCGGCAAGCCAUGGAAGAGCAGCUCCACGCUGCCGGCGUCGAACUCCAGGCCGCGGUAGGCAGCGUGGCCAACAUGUCCGCGCUGGCCUUCAUGGCCACCCAGCCUGCCAUCCGCAACCGCGUCCAGUGAGAGGUCUCUUGCCUUGAUUAGCUCUGCACGAUCUGCUUGCUUGAUAUCGAUUGUUCGCGUUGGCUAGGACUAGCUCCUCAUGAUCUAUGUGUUCUGUUGAAUUCGAACUACUUUUUUCGGUUCUGUGUUACUUGCAAGGAUCGAUCGAUCGGGGACCUAAUUAGAUGGACUCGUGAUGCAGCAGCUAUUCGAACUACUUUGCUGUUUGUUCGAUCUGAAAUCUCAGAGUUAUUGUUGGUAA